AUGUAUGGCAGCGAUAUCGACAUCACCGUGGAAUAUAUAACGAGUCCCGUGGAGAUUUCUGCCCCUAAACUUAAUCGGGAAGCGACAGACGAUUGUAAAGUGACGGCAAUGCCAACUUCAGUGUCGGAAAUGGGGAAGUCAUUGCUCACGGGUAAGGUGAUCUCCGCUAAUUCGAAAAGAAUGCUCAAGGCUGAAUUUGAUUUCCUGCUGGAAGAUUCGUGCUCGUGCAAGUCAAAGCCGCGCCCCUGUAUCUUCAUCCACGGUUUAGGAAUACGCGAAGAAGAGCCGACAAACGCUGAUGAACUUCCAAAGUACUGGGGCGAUUUGACGGACCACGCACCUUGUUGUUCGUCAAUGAAAUAUGCAGUCCUCGAUUCGAUAAAAUACGCCUGGACCGACAAGGUCCAACAGCAAAAAGUGUGUGACCGGAUGCUCACUGUAAGCGAAACCAGCCGUGGGGGCACAAUUUCUGACACAAUUAUCAUCUCGCACGCCAUGGGCGGACUAUUGGUGGCUGGCGCUAUUGCAAUGGGGACAUGCAGUCUCGCUUCAAGCUCAACGUGGAUCAGUACUGCGUCUCCUAUGAGUGGGAGUAUGUCGUCCGAUUACUUUCAGGAUUCCUGCAAGGAUGACACCGUCUUGUUCAUGGAAAUCUUCGUGGAUCUCACUGGCUAUUGUCCUGCGGGUGUACAGAAACAACGUGUAUGCCCUUAUGUGCAGCAAGCAAUACGCCGGGAUUUACUCCAUUGA